CGACUGGUCGCGGUUCUCGGUGAGCGGGGAGCUGUGCCUUCGCAAGCCGCGCUACUUCUGCUUCCUGGGUUGAUGAGCUCGGUCCGGCCGCCUUCCUCGGUUUCUCCGUGCUCAGAGUAACCUGGCUCCAAGCAUCCAGCUCUGCCUGUCACCUGUGCUGGUUUGGUGAUUUCUCCUGUUCCUGUGGGGGAAGAUUGGAUCGGUGAGCGGGCGAUUCUCUGUCCCGAUUGACGGUUCGCGGGUGUGCUUGGGAUUUGGCGCCCUGAGGUCGGCGAUGGCGAGGUCCGGCUUCGGUUAGCAGUUGCUGCUUCACAGCAAAGGGGAAAGCAAGUGUGUGGGAGGAAUCAGCGGCAGAAGAUGGAGGAGCUAUUGUUGAGGUGGAAGCCCGCUUUGCUGCUGGCAGCAUGAUGCCCCUCUGAGGAGCUGUUGCUCGGUGUCUCGUGGCGAGUUCGGUGUUCUUGGCGCCCCCGUUGUUCGCCUCAGAUAUUUCUCUCCAUGUCCGAGAUGCCGCAGUCCCUGCCGGAAAAUGAUGGGGAACAAAGGUGCCUGAACUCGGAGCUGUGGCAUGCAUGCGCUGGGCCCCUUGUGUCUCUGCCCGUGGUUGGGAGCCGGGUCAUCUAUUUUCCACAAGGCCACAGUGAGCAGGUUGCCGCAUCAACUAAUAAGGAGGUUGAUGCUCAAAUCCCUAACUAUCCAAACCUCCCGCCUCAGUUGAUCUGCCAGCUUCAUAAUGUCACCAUGCAUGCUGACGUGGAGACUGAUGAAGUUUAUGCCCAAAUGACUCUGCAGCCGUUGAGCCCGGAAGAACAAAAGGAGCCUUUUCUUCCAAUUGAGUUGGGUGCUGGUAGCAAGCAGCCAACUAAUUACUUCUGCAAGACAUUGACUGCAAGUGAUACGAGCACACACGGUGGCUUCUCUGUCCCCCGCCGUUCUGCUGAGAAAGUCUUCCCGCCAUUGGAUUUUUCGCUGCAGCCUCCAUGCCAGGAGCUGAUCGCAAGGGAUCUGCAUGAUAACGAAUGGAAAUUUCGCCACAUAUUCCGCGGUCAGCCAAAAAGGCAUCUCCUGACUACAGGUUGGAGUGUCUUUGUAAGUGCAAAAAGGCUAGUAGCAGGGGAUUCUGUUAUAUUCAUCUGGAAUGAUAAUAACCAACUUCUCUUGGGGAUUCGUCAUGCGACUCGUCCUCAGACGAUUAUGCCAUCUUCUGUGCUAUCAAGUGAUAGCAUGCAUAUAGGCCUUCUUGCAGCAGCAGCUCAUGCUGCAGCCACAAACAGCCGUUUCACUAUUUUUUAUAACCCGCGGUCUAGCCCUUCUGAAUUUAUCAUUCCACUGGCCAAGUAUGUUAAAUCUGUUUACCACACACGUGUGUCUGUUGGAAUGAGGUUUAGAAUGCUUUUUGAGACAGAGGAGUCAAGUGUCAGACGAUACAUGGGUACAAUUACAACGAUAAGCGAUCUUGACUCGGUGCGUUGGCCAAAUUCACAUUGGCGUUCCGUGAAGGUUGGCUGGGAUGAGUCCACUGCUGGUGAGAAACAACCGAGAGUUUCACUCUGGGAAAUUGAGCCAUUGACCACUUUUCCGAUGUAUCCAACUGCCUUUCCUUUAAGACUGAAGCGUCCAUGGGCUUCAGGGCUGCCGUCUAUGCAUGGCAUGUUCAAUGGUGUCAACAAUGAUGAUUUUGCUCGUUAUUCUUCUCUCAUGUGGCUUGGAGAUGGGGAUAGAGGGACUCAGUCGUUGAACUUCCAGGGUCUUGGAGCGUCACCAUGGCUACAGCCACGGACUGAUACUCCAUUGCUGGGUCUUAAGCCAGAUACAUACCAGCAAAUGGCUGCAGCAGCACUGGAAGAAAUUAGAGCUGGGGAUCCUUCGAAACAGUCUUCAGCUCUCUUGCAAUUCCAACAGACUCAGAAUCUGAACGGUGGGUUGAAUUCUGUGUAUGCCAAUCAUGUUCUACAGCAGAUGCAGUAUCAAACUCAGCAGUCAUCCAUGCAAACUGUUCAGCACGGCCAUAAUCAGUACAGUGGUAACUCUGGAUUCCUUCAAAGUCAGCUGCAGCAGCUGCAUUUGCACAACCCUCAACAACUGCAAAAGCAGCAAGAAUUGCUGCCACAGCAGCAAAGCCAUCAGGUUUUGCGACAACAAUCUCAUCAGGAGAUGCAACAGCAGCUUUCAUCUAGUUGUCAUCGUAUUUCUGAUGUAGAUUCUAGCAUGUCUGGUUCAGAAACUGGUUCACAGUCACAAUCUCCAUUCUACCAGCAGAACCUCUUAGAAGGAAACAAUGAUCCUUCAUUGCAUCUGCACAAUGGCUUCCGUAACUUAUCUGGCCAAGAUGCUUCGAACCUUGUUAGUUUGCCUCGAAGUGACCAAUUAAUGUCACCAGAUGGAUGGCCUUCAAAGAGGUUGGCUUCGGAACCCCUUGGUCAUAUUGAAUCUCGGUCAGUGCAACCCAAGCUUGAGAACAUAAAUCACCAGACAAAUAUAUCCCACUUUGCUGGAACCCUGGCAUCACAGUCAGCAAGAGACAUGUCCAGUGUCCAGGCUUAUGGCUCGAAUGUUGAAAACCAGCUGUUUUCAUCAUCAUUUGCACUCCAGGACGGCAUGGCAAGCGUCAGGGGUGGCAGCGGCAGCGGAAUGGUUUCUAUGGCCAUACCUUUGUUGAGGUAUGGUGGCGAAGAUUUACCACCCGCAGACACCUUAGCAACUUCCAGUUGUUUAGGAGAAUCAGGAGCCUUCAGUUCUCUUGAUAAUGUUUGUGGUGUAAACUCAUCACAAGGUGAAACCUUUGUGAAGGUUUACAAAUCAGGGUCCCCUGGAAGGUCGCUCGAUAUCACUAAAUUCAGCAGCUACUACGAGCUGCGUAGUGAGCUCGAGCAUCUGUUUGGCCUUGAAGGCCAACUGGAGGACCCUGUAAGAUCAGGCUGGCAGCUUGUAUUCGUCGACCGAGAAAACGACAUUCUUCUCGUCGGCGACGACCCAUGGCAGGAGUUUGUGAAUAGCGUGUGGUGCAUAAAGAUACUGUCACCACAGGAGGUGCAGCAGAUGGUCCGCAACGGAGAAGGCCUUCUGUCUGCACCUGGAGCAAGGAUGAUGCAGGGGGAUUCCUGCGACGGUUAUUCUGGGAGCCACGACUUGCAGAAUCUCACAGGCAGCAUCGCCUCUGUACCACCUCUGGACUACUGAAAGGAAGACUCAAAUCCAGAGCUAAACGAGCACUCAGGGCCCGUAGGGUCACGGAACCGCUGUGAUGUCCUGCAUUCCCCGUGUUCGUUUCACCCAUUCCUCUCUUCACCAGGAACUUGUUAGUCAAUAAUAUAGUUAGAUGAUGCAUGGCAUCAUUCUGACCAUGGAUAGUAUGUUGUAUGAUAGCUACUUCGGCUCUGUAAUUGCCUGUAAGCUCUGAAGGGCAGUAAAGAACCACCCUCAUGAGUGGAGGCAGUUACUGUAGGAGUGACCUUAUUCUGUAGCAAUAUGCGUAUUCUAAAACUGAAUAUCCUCGAACUGGCGUUGCUUUGCUGUUCCGACGUUGAAUCAACGUCAAGUCA